AGCGAUUUUUGUGGAGUGGUUGCCCGCUGCGAGCGAGCUCUCUCUGUUUGUACCGCGCGCUUGUUCGCUUGCGCUCCGGUGCGGAGUGGUUGCUUGGCCGGCGAGCGGGCGGGCGGGCGGACGCGUCGAUGCGCGAGCGCUGGUGACGCCGCGGCGUCACUUGUGACCUGUUAUAGCCGUCCCGUCGUCGCCUCUCCUCCUGGUGCCGGUGUUACGCGCGGCGCGGCCAUGGACGCGACGUCGCCCUUCAGCUUCCACGAGCUCAGGCGGCAGGCCUCGUCCUACCUCACCGACAAGAUCCGCUCCGCGCGGCUCGCGCUGACCGACGUCACCCCGACGCAGCUGAUGACGGAGGAGGCGACGAGCGGGGACGCGUCGCCGCCGAACGUGAAGACGAUGAGCCUCAUCGCGCGGCAGGCGUUCGAGAUCGACGAGUACGUCAGGAUCGCCGACAUCCUCCACAAGAGGUUCGCGAGGUUCGACAGGCGGCAGUGGCGGGAGGCGUACAAGGCGCUGCUCCUCCUCGAGCACCUCCUGACGCACGGCCCCCGCAGCGUCGCGUCGGAGUUCCAGAGGGACCGGGAGGUCAUCCAGCAGAUGGUCACCUUCCAGCACAUCGACGAGAAAGGUUUCAACUGGGGGAUGACGGUGAAGAGCAAGUCGGAGCGCGUGCUGAAGCUGCUGGAGCGGGGGCCGUUCCUGGAGGAGGAGCGGGAGCGGGCGCGCAAGAUCGCGCGCGAGAUCAAGGGGUUCGGCAGCUUCAACCUCAGCAGCGCGCAGGCGUCGGGCCAAGCCGCUGCCGCCCGCGCGUCGAUGGGCCAGUGCUACGGACGGAGCAACUCGCGGUUCGAGGACCGGUGGAGGAGGGAGGACUGCGUCGACGACGGCGACAAGGAGAACCUGGUGGCGUCGACGCCCGAGCCAGAUCAGGCGGAGGAGCUGCACCGUCGCCACCCGUUCCACAGCUUCGCGCAACAGCCACCGGAGGCGAUGCUGCUGCUGAGCCAGUGAUCGUCGUCGAUCACUUCGUCAGGUUACUUGGAGAUGUAAUCAGAUGAAUCCUGUAAAGUCAGUGGCUUGCUGGCGUUGUUUAGGUUAUCUUCCUCACGGCCUCAUCGUAUCGCACACUUCGUGACAUUGUAAUCAUCGUCCUUCAUCUCAGUUCUUGAACAAUAAUGCUUGGAUACCCGAGCCUCUGAAGUCUGAACUCAUGCGGGGAAUGGAAAUUUUGUGAAAAGCUAGAAGCUUACAAA